AUUGUAUUUCUUCUAGAACUUCAAGAUAACAAGGAAAAAAGCUUUCUAGACUUAUUGAUACUGCUAUCAGGGGAUGAAAAAGGUUACAGUAACGAAGAGCUGCGAGAAGAAGUAUUAACUUUGAUAAUAGCAGGUACCGACACGUCAGCUGUUGGCAUCGGGAACACGCUCAAGUUAUUGGCAAAAUAUCCUGGAGUGCAGGAAAAGCUUUAUUCUGAACUACAAGACGUAUUUGGUGUUUCCAACAGGCCACUAGUGAAAGAUGAUUUGCCAAAGUUGAAAUACUUGGAGAGAGUAAUUAAAGAAACUUUACGUUUGUUUCCGCCUGUUCCACUUAUAGCAAGAAAAGUUUUAAAAGAAACUAAGUUGCCUUCUGGUCAUAUCCUUCCCGUCGGAUCAGGUGUGGUGGUAUCCAUUUGGGGAGUCCACAGACACCCGAAGUAUUGGGGACCAGAUGCUGAUAAGUUUGAUCCGGAUAGAUUUCUCCCGGAAAGGUUUCAAUUAAGCAACCCAUGCGCUUAUAUGCCCUUCAGUAACGGACCACGAAAUUGUUUAGGAUACCAAUACGCGUUGAUGUCGAUGAAAACAGCUGUUGCUCAAAUACUCAGGUCCUACAGGGUUGUGGGUGAUGAGGAGUCGAGUCCAAAUCCACAAAUGAGAGUCAAAUUUAGCAUAAUGAUGAAGGCUGCCGACAAUUAUUCAAUUAGCUUAGAAAAAAGAAAGCGGUGAUAUAAUGUAUAUAGGCAAGGAUUUUAUUGUUGCCUGCUUCGAAUUCAACAGGAUAAAU